GAUGAGCGCAUGCAAACUCAAAAGCCUCAGAAAGUGGGUAUAGCUCGCUUUCACCCUGCCGAGCUAUUUCGCGUUGUGAAUGAUAACGGGGCACCUCGCUAUCUGCAAUUAGGGCUCGAAGUCGGUCUAACGUUUGAUCAAGUGAAUAUGGCAGCAGAAGGUCACACAUACUCUGGCAAACUUCUAGCUGUCUACAUGACGAAACGCAAAGAAGUCGGAGAAUAUAGAGCUGUUGCUCGUCUGGUGACAGCAGUUGAUAAAAUAUCUAUUAUGGGGUCUGUGGAGGAUGAUUUGCCAGGAGUGAAGGCAGCGUUGGAAGAAUCUCGUUUCUACAGUGAUGUAUGUUCACUUGUAAAAGAAGUAGAAGAAGCAACAGUACCAGCAGCAGCAGCAGCAAGCCAUCACUUAUCAGAGAGUAAGGGAGAUGAGCAAUUAGUGCGGCAGCUCAUGAAACUGGUAGAACAGUUGAGAGAAGACAGUUUAGCAACUAGCAGAGAAAUUGCUGAAUUGAGACAAGAAAAAGAAAAUGAAAGAGAGGAGUUAGGAAGACGGAUUGGAGCUCUACAGCGACAACAUGAGAAUGAAAGAGAGGAGCUAGGAAGACAGAUUAAAGCUCUACAGCAACAAAAAGAAAAUGAAAGAGAGGAGCAAGGAAGACAGAUUGAAGCUCUACAGCAACAAAAAGAAAAUGAAAGAGAGGAGCAAGGAAGACAGAUUGAAGCUCUACAGCAACAAAAAGAAAAUGAAAGAGAGGAGCUAGGAAGACAGAUUGAAGCUCUACAGCAACAAAAUGAAAAUGAAAGAGAGGAGCAGGGAAGACAGAUUGAAGCUCUACAGCAACAAAAUGAAUUUCUAGGGAAGGAAUUGAGACUGAAGCAACUACAAAGGGAACACGCCAUAGCUGAAGCUGUCGACACGGAAGGAUUGCUUGAGGAGACUGAUGAUGGAAAGGUACAACUCUUGCUUUUCAUGCUCCCUUUUCUCUUUUCUACGAUUUUGAUGAAAUUUUGAAGGAACAUUUGCAAUUAGAUAAACUUAGUUUUAGUGCAUUGGGUUAAACUUCAAGUGAGGUUUUUGAAUUACUAGGGGUAAGAUUCGCUGGUAUUAGCUUGUAGUUAUAGUUUUCAUCUAAACUAAAUUCUAACUUCUGACCAAUUUCUGUUAGUUUGUCUAUUAAUUGAUGAAAUAUUGAAGCAUGCGUAUUUUGGAACAAAUCAACUGCUUAGCAUUUUAUCUUUUGUUGUUUUGGACCUUCUGGUAGUCACGUGUUUGCUAUCUCUGUGUACUGCAUCAUUAGGUGCAGCACAGGUUAGGGUGCACCCAACAUGUUUACCGG